GCUUCCGGUUUCAACACGGACUUAAGUAUGUGACGUACCAGUAAGCUGUCAAAAAUCUAAACUUAAAAAUGCAAUUCUUGCAUAAUUUUGUACAUUUGUGACACACUAGAGGAAGAUCGAUUACCAGGAAUAAAUGUUUCGCAUACUCCCUUCAAUCCCUUCAAACCUCGUAUAUCACUCAUUUCCAAAAGUGUAUUAUUAAAAAUCGCUUGUUUUUGUUUGUGGUUGAUUGAGUAAGGAUGGAGAAAUUUGAGGUUUACGUCUUCACAGCUCUGUGCAGCAUUAACUUUCUCAUAUCCUGUCUUCUGUUCUCCAAAAUCACACGGGAACAGAGAGAUCCUUACAUGGAUGAGAUAUUUCAUGUUCCUCAAGCCCAGAAGUACUGUGAGGGGAAGUUUAAUGAGUGGGAUCCUAUGAUCACCACUCUUCCUGGGUUGUAUCUGGCAUCAGUGGGUCUGAUCAGGCCGGUGGUGUGGCUAGCGGAUCUGAAGGGCAGUGUGGUCUGCUCCACUGCCAUGCUGAGAUUCAUCAAUCUACUCUUUAAUAUUGGGAAUCUCUACAUAAUCUAUCUGAUCAUCUGCAGACUGCACAUGAAAGAUAAGUCCCGUUCUGCCACUCGUAGAAUAUUCUCAGCCCUGGUUCUGUCCACGUUCCCAGUGCUGUACUUCUUCACGUUCCUGUAUUACACUGAUGCUGGCUCCACAUUCUUCACCCUCUUCAUGUACCUCAUGACACUGUAUGGAAGCCACAAAGCAGCCAUGCUUCUUGGUGUCUGUGCUGUCCUCUUCCGCCAGACCAAUAUCAUCUGGGUGGUGUUCUGUGCUGGCACUGUGGUGGCUCAAAAAAUGGACGAGAGCUGGCGGACUGAACAGUCAAAGAAGCGCGAUGACAAGUCACCCUUUCACGUCCCUCUAACCAUCAAUGGGACAAUGAGAGUGAUGCGUUUCCUGUUGGAAUUCUUCAAAACGCCCAACAAUAUAAAAGCUGUAGUCUUGUCAACAUGGCCAUAUAUUGCUGCAGCUGUUCUUUUCACAGUGUUCGUUGUGUUGAACGAUGGAAUUGUGGUUGGAGAUCGUAGUAGUCAUGAAGCAUGUCUGAACUUUCCUCAGAUUUUCUACUUCCUGUCAUUUACUCUUCUAUUUUCUCUUCCUACCUCGCUGAGUUACCAAAGGGGAGUCAGGUUUCUACAAUCUUUAAGAAAGCAGCCCUUAAUUUAUGCUCUAUUGAUGACGUUCUUCCUGUUUUUGGUCUGGAAAUUCACAUUUGUUCACAAAUACCUGCUUGCGGACAAUAGACACUUUCCAUUUUACGUUUGGAAAAGGAUUUUCCAGAGACAUGAGUUUGUCCGUUUCCUGUUGGUCCCUGGAUAUGUGUUUGCAGCAUGGAACUUCCUAGACACUUUGAGGUCCAAAUCGUUGUUCUGGUUUCUGUUUUUCUCUUUGUGUUUGGUGGCAGCAACUGUCCCGCAGAAACUCCUGGAGUUCCGAUAUUUUAUCCUUCCAUAUCUGUUAUAUCGCGUCCACAUCCCUGUUCCGUCUUUACCCAGACUGCUGCUUGAGUUUGGCCUCUACACCGCAGUUAAUGCAGCCACAGUUUAUAUAUUCAUCAAUAAAACAUUUCAGUGGCCUGACAGUAUGGCUGCACAGAGAUUCAUGUGGUGACUUGACUGAUUUGUUAUUUUCACAUUUCUUACACUUAAAGGAGAUUUAACUCAUUUGCUAUUAUUUUCACAAGAGUUGAGUAUAGAUUUAGGCUGAUUAUACUUGUGACUGUUGUUCAUUGUGUCAUUUUAUGCUUUCCCUUUUCCAGUGGCUUAUUGUCUUUGUUUUUUUUUUUUUUGGUAAACAUUUGAAUGUAAAUUUCUCAUUGUAAUUUGUUUGUAUCAGUGUUUUUCAGAUUCUUAUUGAUCUUUUACAUUUUUAUUGGUCUUUUCUCUCAUUAUUUCUUUGUGAUAGCACAUUUGUUUUGAUACAUGGACGAGACUGAAUACAUUCAUGAAUUAUCUCCAUAAUGUCAUGUGUUCAAUAAGAAUUUCUAGUUUCCCAGAACGGUGUAAUUCAGUAAAAGCUGCAGUUGACUUGAA